UGUCGAACGACAAGGUUGUGUUGCACAUCGCUCCGUGGCGUUCCACACCCCACUCGCUUCUAGGCCACAGAGAUGUCUGACUUUAUCCUAAACAUUUUUCGGUUUUGUGCAGUGCCUUUCGGCUUCGUGGGUGCCGUCAUGGAUUCGGGUUCGACAGACGAGACGGCAGAUGACUGUGCCUCUUCGAGAGAUAGGGAUUAUAUAAUUGAUUUUCUGCCAGACAUACUCCUGGGCACUGUGCCCUUCGCUGACCCACGCCAGGUGACUCGCGGGGCAUCAUCCUCUAGCGCCCCGCCCAUCGACCCGGGGGAGAAGGAUGUCCGGGGCACCAUCCUGCCGACGGGGGAUCCCGCAGAAGGCGCUGAAGCAGAGGGUGAGAAAGAGGAGAGGAAACGCGAAGGGUCCCAAGAAACCACCCACAGGAACUCCAUCGGGAACGGCGUCGAGCGCAUACAGGAGAUCAGGCGGAGAUACCGCUGCGUCCGACAGCCUACGGCGCCCUCCGGUGGCUCCAUAGGGAAUCCCCAGGUUCGUCUGCGUCGCCUACGGGAAGCAGCAGACGGGAGAACGGGCCUUCGCUUGGACGUCGACGAAGGUCAGAAUACCCAGAAUGACGUCCGAAGUCACUGUGGGUCUUUGCUUCGACAAAUAGCCGACCAAUUCGAGCGUGAGAAUGCCAAGAUCCCCACCACCACCGCCGCCGCCACCGCCAACAAGGAGGAGUCCGCCGGCACUGCUAUCCUAACCAUCUCGGUGCCAACCGCCCUCACCAGCUGUUUAACGGCAUCGCUGCUCUGCCUCGUGUGGUGGAGGCUCUACACAGGUUCCGCUAAUAUAUAUAUAUAUAUAUAUAUAUAUAUUAUAUAUAUAUAUAUAUAUAUAUAUAUAUAUAACUUUUGUGAAAUGGAGCCUUGCUUGUACUUAAAAACGAGAAGAAAUCUUGAUCAGGAAGUGAUUUGCCCUCAAAAGAAUGAAAGUAACAUCAGUGCAUAA